AUGCGGCCUUUCGGUUCCGUUCGUCUUUGGCGAGGAGCUGCUGCGUUCCCGCUAGCCGCGUGGUUGCCAGCGUUCGCUACACGGCGGCUAGCUUCGUCACAGUCGCGAAACCUUGCCGAGCCUCCCAAACAACCCGUUAACGCUAACCAGGUCUUACAGAAUGAAUAUGAACGUUUAAUGGUACUGGCAGAGCAAGGAGGCGGACCCAGUGCCCGCAAGCGUCACCAGGCACGGGGCAAGCUACUGGUGCGGGAGCGCCUCGCUGCGCUGCUCGACCCGGGCUCGCCGUUCCUCGAGCUGAGCGCUCUCGCUGGAGCUGGCGACUACGUGUAUGCAGGUGCCCCGGAUGACGACAGCGAGACGAAAAUGCCGCCAGGAGCAGGACUCUUAACCGGUAUAGGUCUCGUAGCCGAACGCUGGUGCAUGAUCAUUGCGAACGACGCAACGGUUAAAGGCGGUACCUACUUUCCGCUGACGGUGAAGAAGCACCUUCGUGCACAAGAAAUCGCUGCGGAAAAUCGUUUGCCCUGUAUCUAUCUAGCAGACUCGGGUGGUGCCUAUCUCCCGUUGCAGCAUCGAGUUUUCCCCGAUCGUGAUCACUUUGGUCGAAUCUUUUACAAUCAAGCUCGAAUGAGUCGGGAUGGCAUCCUGCAGAUCGCAGCAGUGCUCGGCAGCUGCACUGCUGGCGGUGCAUACGUUCCAGCCAUGUCCGAUGAGGCGAUCAUGGUGCACGGCACGGGGACGAUUUUCCUGGGAGGACCUCCGCUCGUGAAGGCGGCUAUCGGCGAGGACGUGUCCGCGGAGGAACUCGGUGGAGCGCUGGUACACACCCAGCAGAGCGGUGUCGCCGAUCAUCUCGUGGAGAACGACGCUGAGGCGCUGCUGCGAGUGCGAGCAGCGGUGAAGCGGCGAGCGCUGCCAGCGCGCCAGGCCUCUACCAGCCCCCUGAUGGAGUCCUUUCCGGCACCGCGAGCGUCGAUAGGGGAUCUAGAGCGUACCCUCGUUGGGGAAAACCCUCGAGCUGACGAAUCAAGCGCCCGUCUUAUCGGUGGAGCUGGUGCUGGUGGUCUGGAUAUGUAUCAACUGAUCGCAUGCCUGGUGGACGGCUCCGUCUUUGAUGAAUUCAAGGCGCAAUACGGAACAACGCUGGUAACUGGCUUUGCGAGCAUCUAUGGUCAACAGGUGGGCCUUGUCGGGAAUCAGGGGGUGCUCGUGAGUGAUGCGGCGAAGAAAGGGACGCAUUUCAUCCAGUUAUGCGAGCAGCAGGGUAUCCCGCUUGUAUUUCUACAAAACAUCAGCGGUUUCAUGGUUGGAAAGCAGGCCGAGUGGGGCGGUAUCGCCAAGGACGGCGCCAAAAUGGUCAAUGCCGUAGCGUGUGUUCGCGUUCCGAAGAUCACCGUCAUUGUUGGUUCCAGCUACGGAGCCGGCAAUUACGGUAUGUGUGGGCGUGCGUAUGGGCCUCGUUUCCUUUUCACUUGGCCCAGUGCCCGAAUUGGAGUCAUGGGCAGCGAGCAGGCCGCUAACGUUCUCCGUCAGGUGCAGGGGGGGCGUUCCGAUCCGGCGGCGGAGGCAGGUAUCAACGCCCUAACCAAGCGCUACGCGUUCGAGAACAGUGCCUGGUUUGCAACAGCGAACCUCUGGGACGACGGUGUCGUUUUACCACGCGACACACGGCAGGUCCUGGGCAUUGCACUGCGAGUCGUGGAGUCGGCAUCUGAAACGGAAACCUCAGUAACUGCACAACGGGGUCGCUACGGCGUCUUCCGCAUGUAA